GAGAGUGGGGCCAAACUUUUUGAGUACAGAAUGAAGCAAUAUCACCCUUGUGUUUAUUCUCUCCCUUAUCUCCAUAGAUAGUAGUUGAGAAGGGAGAAGCCAAUUAUGGGUUCAUCUUCACUCCCAUCUUUCAUUCAGAUGCCAUCAACACAUUCCAGCUUCAGUGAAAAACAUAGCAGCCCUCAAAAGAAGUUUCAAGUUAGGAUACCUAAAAGAGACACACAGUUUUCUUGGUCUUUUUCUUCUCGUCCUUAUUGCAAAGUUCUUCACGAAUCAAUUCCUUUGGCUGCUUCAAUUGCAAUUCUUCUUUGGUCAACCCCUGCACAUGCUGGGUUCAUGUCAGGAAUUUCUGGAUUAGAGUCAAUUCCUGGUCCUCAGCUACCUCAGAUUGACUUUCUCAAACGCCUAAAUGAAGAAAAUCAGAAGAAAUAUGCUGAGAGUGAUGCAAGACUUCAAUCAUCCCCCUUGCUGAAGAAACUGCUUGAGCAAUCCAAGUUGAAUAAAGAGAAGAACCGUAAAGAAAUUGAAAACAAGUACUGCAUACGUGGGGCAGAAUGGGGAGUUGGGGAUUGUUCAGCAGAGGGAAUGUCUCCAGAGGAGAGGGAGAAAUUCAUAGCAACGUUAAAGCAGAAGGCUGCACAAGAGUAAUAUAAUGCCAUUAGAGCAUAGAGAAA